AUGGACGUCGAAUCGUCGUCACCACAAGCCAUCACCAAACUCUCAUCCCACACAGCAGAGUCCCGCUCAAGCGGUACAAAAGGAGACGACGCCGCAGCAGUCGCAGCAGUCGCAGCAGUCGCAGCAGCAGCAGCAGCACCGUCGGCAGCAGGGAGCGACGGAGAGAUGGCAAAAUCGGCGCCCAGCAAGCGCAAGAAGGGCACCGCGACGGCCGUCAAGGGCAAGAAGCCCAAAGGCGGCGGUGUUGCGAAGAAGUCCAAAGGGGCCAGCAACAAAAAGGCCAAGAACGACAGCGGCCACGCCCUCCCUUCGUCGUCGCCCAGAGACAGCGACGACGAGGACGAUGACGACGACGACGAGGAGGAGGCCUCAGACGGCGACGAGGAGUCGGACCACGGCCCCUAUUGUAUCUGCCGUGGGCCAGACGACCACCGCUGGAUGAUCUCGUGCGACGGGUGCGAGGACUGGUUCCACGGCGAGUGCGUCAAGAUCAGCAAGGAGGUCGGCGAGAACCUGAUCCAGAGCUACAUCUGCCCCAACUGCACCGACGGCAAGGACUACGUCACGCGCUACAAGAAGACGUGCUCCCUCAAGGGCUGCCUCAAGCCCGCCCGCAUCUACGGCCUCAACGCCGCCGCCGUGCGCGGCGACAGCAGCGGCGGCAACAACAACAACAACAACAGCAGCCUCUUUUGCUCACGCGAGCACCGCGACCAGUGGUGGGACCGCCAGGUCGCCAGCCUGCCCAAGCUCAGCAAGCGGGACAACGAGUACCGCCUUACGCAGGAGGAGUUCACGGGCUUGCUUGCUAGUUCCAGCCGCUCGGACGUCUCGUGGAAGCUCGGCGAUGAACCUUUUCACGUCCCCGCCGACUUCUGGGACACGGUCGACCAGGACCAAGUCCUGACAGCCGAGGAGCGGCACAUCCUCAGCGCCUCGUCGGCCGACCGCCUCAAGCUCGGCGAGGAGACGGUCCUGUGCAAGAAGAUGCUCGAGCUGCUCGACAUGGCCAACGACCGGCACAGGGCGGCCGUGGCCGCCGGCCACCUCGAGAAGAACGCCUGCGGCUACGACUCGCGCCUCGACGCCGUCAACGCCAUGGCCCAGUUCGAGGCCUUUGUCAAGAGCCCCGAGGGCGAGGCCGUCUUCAAGGCCGGCCGGCUCGAGGCACCGCCACCACCCUCCGGCGGCGGUAGCGGCGGUGGGGGAGCAGACGGCGCGGCGGCGCCGGGUGAUGACGGCAGCGGGAGCAGCAAGGACAAGGACAAGGACAGGAACCCGGCCACGGACGGCAUGUGCCGCCGGCGCAAGUGCAACGGGCACGCCGGCUGGUUCCACACGCACGCGCGGCAGGCCAAGGCGCAGAUGAAGGAGCUCGCCCGCGAGGCCAAGGAGCGCCUCGACCGCGAGGAGCGCGUGCGCAACGGCGCCGCCGUGCGCUACUUUCGCAAGAAGCACGAGAGGAACUCGGUCACGGCGGCCGCCCCCCUCGACCCGCGCUUGGACUGCCGUCCAAGCCUGAAGGGAGGAGGGUUUGGUUAUGAAUGA